AUGUUUACAAGAGAUCUUACUCGAAUAUCUCGUGUAAUGAGUUAUAAUAUCCGAAUGGAUACACCUGCAGAUGGUGAGAAUCAAUGGGUUCGUCGUCGAGAUCGUGUAUUUCGUCUUAUACAAUAUUAUCAACCAGAUCUAAUUGGUAUUCAAGAAGCAUUACCUCAUCAAAUUGGUGAUUUAGUUUCUGCAUUUCCUAUUUAUGGUUGGUAUGGUGUUGGUCGUGAUGAUGGUAAACGGCAAGGAGAAUUUUCAGCUAUAUUAUAUCGUCUAGAUAUUUUUGAACGACAAAAUCAGGGUACAUUCUGGUUAUCGAAAACACCAGAUGUACCUGGUAGUAAAGGUUGGGAUGCAGCUUUACCACGAAUAUGUAGUUGGGUACUACUUCAUGAUCGACGAACAAAUCAAAAAGUAUGUCAUUUUAAUACACAUUUAGAUCAUGUAGGUAAGACUGCUCGUCGAGAAGGUGCACGUCUUAUUGCAUCUCGUAUACAUCAAAUAGCUGGAUCAAAAAUACCUACCGUAUUAACAGGUGAUUUUAAUGCAGGUCCUGAAUCGGAUGCAUAUCGAACUAUUGUAACACAUAGUCCUUUACGUGAUGCUAAACUUAUAACUAAAGCACCUCAUGAUGGUCCACAAGGUACUUGGUCAACUUUUAAUGCGCGUAAUACAAUAGGUGGACGAUUAGAUUAUAUUUUUGUUUCUCCACAACAUUUUCAAGUAUUACAUCAUUCACAUUCAACUUAUACCGAAAAUCAAAAAUAUCCAUCUGAUCAUUUACCAGUAUUAGCAAAUAUAAUGCUUCAACCUCCAAAACAUCAUUUGGCUAUAAAACAUAAACCACAUCCAAAACAUAAACAUAUGGCACCAUAA